AUGACCAGAAAAUCAGCAACAAAUCAGCAACGGCUAAUCCACUACCAAGUCAACUUUGAAUCAGUCUUCAACACCCGUGACAAUUUGUCUAUGACUGAAGCUACGGAGUUGGCAAAAAAGGCACUUUGUGUUGGUGCAUAUUCCGCUCAUGAAACUGGUGGAUUUGUUAGUGGUUUCCACGUAGGAAGUGUCGGGAUUGCAAAGAUGUUCAUUGGAGCAGAAUUAGGAGAGUGGCAAGAGGAGCAUUACAACAAAUUUUGCACUUUGUCAGAAUGGUAA